GCCGCCUCACGGGCACCAUGUUCGGGCUGUACAGCAAGAUGCAGGCCCGCAAGGCAGCGGCCGCCGAAAAUCACCCGUCCGAACUCGAGCUCACGGGCCACGACCGCUUUUGCCAAAUGAAAGCGUCUGCCAACCACGUUCCGAGGAAACGAAAAAAGCCUCUCAAUUGUCGACGCACGCAGUCUGCGGCCGAGUUCGACGGCCGCUCCCUUCGAACGGCUGUGGCCAUCGUGGCCUCCAGUGGGGCCUCCAGCCCCACCAAUUCCCCCAGACAUAGUGCCAGCAUACAAUUUGAUCCCGAACACCGUCACAGAAGUUCUUUGAGAGCCUCCAGCAUGGAGGAAAUGUGCGAACACUCACCUUUGCGAGGGGCCGAGGCGAUCGAAAGGCCGCGGGUGCCGGCUUUGGCUCGUCUUUUGGGCUGUGUGACCAUCAAUAGCAGCGGUGGCAGUUCGAGGGAAAGUUUGACCAAUUCUCCUCCUCUGGAAAUCAGACAUGGAAAUGGACGGUACGAAUAUUCAGCGUUGGAAGACGAUGGCCACCAGCAGGAGCGACUGGAAAUGGAGAACAAGGCCCAAAGGUCGGCCACCAGAGACAAGGCCAAUUUCAAGUGUCAACAGUAUCUGUACAACUCCAACAGAUACAUUUUCAAGCAGCAGCUCAGUGACAUUGGAUCUCGUCUGGAAAAGCACUGGUUCGUCGUGAAAGACACAUCAAUCAAAACGGAGCGGCUACUGAGCCUGCUGCAGGUCAGAGGCUCGAACAGCCCCCUGAGUUGCACCCAAGCAAGCAGGGAGACCCUGCAGGACUUGUUUGUCUCCCUCCAGCACCCGUACAUUUACCCCAUCCUGGACGUGGAUUUUGUUGAGCUCAGUGGCAAAAACCAAGUGGUAACUGUGUUGCCGCUGAAUCAAAAAGGCAGCCUCAAGGACUUCAUUUACAAAAGCAGCUGGCAAGAGGACUGGGGUUUGAAAUAUGCCCAGAGAAGCAGCGGCAUGUCUGCGUCCCAAGUGCAGCGCAUUGGCAGGCAGAUUUUGGAGGCGCUCAUUUUCUUGAAAGAACGAGGAUUUCCGUCGUACGGCCACUUGCACUCUGGCAACAUAAUUUUGCAAAACGGUGCUGCCAGGUUAACUGGUCUUGAAAACACGCUGCUCGGCCUCUCAUCCAGGGUGCACCCUGUCAUUUGGGGACGAGCCAGGUCUGAUCCGUCCGCAUUGGACUCAAUUUGCUUUGGCCACGUCCUCUUUGAAAUGUGUGCGGGGUACGAGCUUUGCACCCCGCAGCCCACACCAGGUCACUUGGCCGACAUUCAAGACAACCCCCAGGCAUUGGGCGUGCUCGAGUACAUUUUCAACCACCCCAGUGGCAGAAUUCCCUCCGUCAAAGAAAUAUCGGUGUGUGAUUAUUUCAGAAAUAUUGAUCUGCGCGAGAUGAGGGCAAUGCCUUUACCUCAAACCUUUCAGCCACGAUUGACAGAGUCCGUAGUAGAGUUGCUCACAGCUGUCAGAUUGCACCAAAACGGAAGCAAAAGAAGUUCAAGGCCGCAAUCGGUGUCGACCUACGAGUCGGUGGUCCCUGGCGGCUCCCCAGGUCACAGUCGCAGGAGCAGUGUUUCAUCCUCUUCCAGUAGUACUAGCAGUCCCACAUCAUCCGACCCCUCUGCGGCAGCGAGUCCUGCCGCCGUUCGCGAAGCAACCGAGCUCGAAGGUGCUGUUGGGGGUGCGUCGGUGCCCGCCCAAGGUGCCCCCGAAAGCGCCCCCGAGGAGGGUGUUGGUCUGCGCGGCGGCCGAUCGCCCCUCUAUGCAUCCGCUUCAUCGCUUUACGCAACACCACACGCAUCAAUGAGCCUGCUGCUGCUGUCCGCCUGCAGCCUGGACACAAGCUCCGUCCUCUCGCCGGACACCGAGGACAACGCACCACCCACGCCCGUCCAUGAUGAUCCGAACGCCGACGACUUCUCGGUUCCAAAGGAGCACCGAGGGCUGAGUCUGCAUCUGCACCAGCACGCGCAUGUCCUGGCAAACCGGCCGCCCAACGUCAGCACCCCGAAUGGAAAAACGACCGCCACCUCCUGUCUCACCCGCCGCUUGGCCUCGCAUUAACAUGUAGAAAAAAUACACUCUUGGUUUUCUCGACGAAAAAAAACACACCGUCCCAACGGAUAAGAAAAACAUACACGCAUCUUUACAUUUAUAUAAAUAUACGUCCCGCUGCACUUGCGGAAAUCCGUUCCAUCCCGAGCACGUUUUGUUCCUCGGCGCUUUUUGUACGAUAAUCUACCCCUCGCGGAUCUACACCAUGGUGUGAAGAAAAUAGUAAAAUAGAGAGUUAGGAUUAGGAAAUAUAUUUCUAAAAUUGGUAAACAUCUCUGCUUUGUUAUUAUACAUCUGAACUGAACAUUUCUGUCUUUCAAUUGAACGAAAAUUACGAAUUUUUGUAUAAUAGCGCAAUGGAAAUUAUUAAAGAAUUUAAAUCACAUAUCUUUAGUUAUUUUUAUUUAAUUUUUAUGCUUACUUUCCUUUUUUCCAAAUUUAGAUUUGAGCAAUGCAAAAUAAAUUUUUGAAAGGAAAAAAUUAAUUCAGAUUAUUGAAAAUAAAAUUUAUUAAUUUUUAAAUUUAUGAAUAUUUUUACUACUCUUUCAUUAAAUGUAAUGAAAAUUAUUACAAAAUAAAAUUUAGCUUUUAUUAUUUUAAUCGCUCUUUAAAACCAGAUUUUCUUUUUAAUUUUCUUUAUUUUAUAUAAUUGAAGUAGAUAGAGGCAGAAUAAACCUUCCAUGAAAUAUAAUCAAACCUGAAAGUUUUAUACUUUUCAAUCAAAUUAAACAAAGAUUUUUAUACACUGUAUCCACUUCUGUAGCAAAGUCGAUAGUUGUUAGAUUUCCUCUUAAAACUGCAACACAAUCAAUUGACUUUUGACUGACACUUUGCAUUGUUAUAGGACGUAAACUGUGUUAGACUAAUUAGUAACUUUCUUCGCUUUAAGUGGUAUAAAAUUAGAAAAUUUGUUGUAUCUGCAUAAUCCGCGAAACUGAUUGCCUGGGAGAGUUGGAGGAAAAAGUUACGACAAAAAUUCCGUGCAAAGCUUGAUGGCUGGGAUUUAAAAGUAAUUAAGCCGCAGGUCGGAUUAUAUUGAACGGCAAGAAGAGGAAAUCUCCUGAGCUCUCUGUGCGUUGGCAAAAUUUAACGCGCGUUCGGCUUGACGUGCGGCGAUAUUAUAUUAAAACGAGCCGCACGACAGGAUUAGAAGACACAUUUUGUUGUGACACCACCACCAACGGAUUUGCCAGCAAAACUCUGUCGCCCGAUAUUGCGCUUGGCAGCUAGGCCGACGAAUUUCCUCGCACUCCUUUUGGUCCCUCCGGUUUUGCAUACAAACACGCUUCUUUGCCUACAUUCCGUUUUGGGAAACAACAGAAAUAAGUUUUCCUGCGUUUAAAAGUGUCUCUUUGCAUGCAAAUGCCAGCGCGCCGAAAGAAAAACUUUUCGAACAUUUUUCCUUCAUCGGUCGCGUUUUAUUUUCUCCGGGGCUGCGAUAUUGUUUGAGAAUUCACAUGCAAAUCGACUUGUUGUUGGAUAACUUCUAAACGAGCUGAAUCCUUUAGCGAUUGACCUAAUUUUGAUAGCGUUCAUAAAAUUGUAAUUGAAUUCCCUUUUCUCAAACCGAAACCAAACAGUUAAUUUUUUAUUAAAAUUUUUAAAAUGCAGAAAAACUUUCCAAAUUUCUACAAUAAAUAAAAAAAAGAAAUUCAUAUUGUAAGUUAGCCCUUUCAUGAAAAAUUUGAUUCACAAAAAGGAAAAAAACUACAUAGUAUUAAAAUGAAAUAAAAAUAGAGAAGUCAAUUCAUCUCAGAACAAGCUUAUUUACUUUUAUUAGUAAUAUAAAUAAAAUACACCUGCUCUUGCUUUAUGAAAAUUAAACUUUAGAUUUCAAUGAGUAUCCUCAGCUCUAAGCAAAAUUGGAAAGGGAUUCUUAAACUGUUUUCGCCGAUAUUAUAAUUCUGUAUCAUCUGGGUUGUAAAUAAUACACAAUUGAUGGUGACCUGAAUACAAGUAAAAAUUGGAUUUUAUGCUAAAAAUCAGAUUUUAUGCUAAAAAUCAAUACAAUUUAUGAAAAUAAUAUAAAUAAUAUAAACUAUAAUGAAAUGUAAAUCAAAUACCGAAUUCUUGUCCUGCAUAUGAAUAAUGAGCUACAAGUAACAAUCUUUUUGUGAAGCAUUUUUUCCUUAAAUUCAAAAUAUCAAACUCUUAUACAAUUUAAAAUUUAAAUACCUAAGAAUAAUCUGUAAAAAUUUAUGUUUUUCUGAAUAAUAUCCUCAAAUACAAAUUGAAAUCAACGCUGCUGUCUUUCUGAAACUCUUAAUGUGUGCAAUAUUCACUAAAUUUUCCGAAAACAAGUGAAAAAUACUUAUUUAGAAGUUAAUAAAUAGUGAAUAAUAAUCCUGUCAGUCUUUCAUGUAAACAAUUUUAUGGAAAUUGCAAACUUCCAGAACAAUCGUGUUGUGAGUGGGUAUGUGUUUCACAAUUCCAUUCAAUUUGCAGUCAAAUGCGAAACCAUUCAAGUUUCUCCGAAUACGUUACGAAGUUUCAAUUCUGCUCGCAGAAUAAAUUGAAACGUACGAAAGCGAUACCAAGUCCUCUUCUAAUUAGAAGGGUCUAAGUAAGAAAAGUGUGGUGCAAAUUUGUGCGCUCUGGUGAUCGAUGAAAAAUUUGAUUAAACGGCUGCCUGUUCUCUCAUUAGAGCUGCAGGCGCCCCUUUUUAAAAGAAUACAAAGGAAAUAAGAACGAAAAAGAAAGACGGAGAAUACUCGUUUGCAUGUCAUUUCUUUUGUCGGCCGCUUUCUCGGCCAUUGUGCCUUCUCUCGUUUUCUUUUCAUUCCACUUCGAUCGCAGUUUUUCUCCCUUUGUGAAAAGGUGCGUUACGAGAGCUCGGCGUUUUUUAAUGUAAAAAAGUUAAAACGAGUUCCAUGUUUUCGCGCAGGAAAUGUUUAUAAAAAAUAUUUUUAUCAGUGCAGAGUCGGAUCGAUCUGGGAAAUGUAAACUCGGGCAAGUACUUAUGUUUGUAUAAUAUUUUCCACCGCGUUUUCCCAUGUUAUACUUCUAUAUCUGAAUGAAAACGAGCUUUUAGCCAUGGGAUAAAAAAAUACAAAAAAAGCCAACUCUCGCAAUCACCACAGAAAAAUUCUUUUUUCAGCAGAAACCGCGUCGUGAGUACGCUCUUGAGCAUGCAUAUCACGCGCACACGUGCAAUCAAUAUUGUAUAUAUAAAAUACACCCACACUCUCGGGUGCCUCUCGAAGAAAUCACAAACUGCUGCAACAGCUACAUUAUAUACAAAGUCUUUAUUUGCGCUCUCGUGCGCAAAUAAAAGGAAAUUGAAAUGUGAAGCAAACAACAAUGGCAGCAUUUCGAAAUUUUUUAGUCAUUUCUCUGUAAUAUUAAUUCCUUUGCUGCUUUUUAAAAUGAAAUAUGAAUUCCUUCUGAUUAAAUCCAGCGUGAAUGAAAUUAAGUAGAUUUGUAUUUACAAGAAGAAUGCUUUUGUGAAAUUUAUUCAAAAAUUUAUGUU